GAGAAGGAGGAUUUUAUUCACUAUGAAGUUUCUUAGUGUGUUGGCUAUUGUGUUAGCCCUUGCUUCUGCCGAAAUUUACUUCCAGGAGAAGUUCGACGAGGGUUAUGAAGAUCGUUGGGUGCAGCCUACUGAGUGGAAGAAGGCUGACGAAAUGGGUAAAUGGGGUUGGACCGCUGGAAAGUGGUACGGAGACGCGGAGGACAAGGGUAUCCAGACUAGUCAGGAUGCUCGUUUCUAUGGCUACUCUGCCAAGAUGAACAAGGUCUUCAACAACGAGGGAAAGGACCUGGUUCUCCAGUUCACCACCAAGUAUGAGCAGGACAUCGACUGCGGCGGUGCCUACAUUAAGCUGCUUCCUUCCGAGACGGACCAGGAGUCCUUCGGUGGAGAUUCCAAGUACAGCAUCAUGUUCGGACCUGAUAUUUGCGGAUCCUCGAACCAGAAGACGCAUAUCAUUCUCAAUUACAAGGGACAGAACCUGGAGAGCACUGAGAAGUUCCGUGCUGUGAUUGACAACCUCUCUCACAUGUACACUCUCAUUAUCCACCCCGACAACACCUUCGAGUACCGCAUUGAUGGUGUGGAGGAGGCGCACGGCAACCUGGAGGACGGCUGGAAGUUCCUUCCCCCCAAGAUGAUCGCGGACCCCACCGACAAGAAGCCCGCUGACUGGGUGGACGAGGCUCAGAUCCCCGACCCCACCGACAAGAAGCCUGAGGACUGGGACGACAUCCCAGCUGAGAUUCCGGACCCCGAUGCGGAGAAGCCCGAGGACUGGGACGAUGAGGACGACGGCGACUGGGAGCCUCCGAUGAUCCCGAACCCCGAGUACAAGGGAGAGUGGCAGCCGAAGAUGAUCGACAACCCCGAUUACAAGGGAGAGUGGGCUCCGCGAAUGAUCGAGAACCCCGAUUACGUGGCGGACGACAAGCUGUACAAUGUGUGCAAGGACUGCGAGUAUGUGGGAUUCGAGCUGUGGCAGGUGCGCUCGGGAUCGAUUUUUGAUGAUAUUAUCGUGUGCGAUGACGUGAAGGAGGCUGAGGAGUUCGCGAAGGAGACGUUCUUCAAGAAGGUGGAGGGAGAGAAGAAGAUGUAUGAGGAGUUCAAGGAGCAGGAGAAGCGCGCCCAGGAGGAGGAGCUCCAGGCCGCCAGUGCUGCCGAUGAUGAGGAUUAUGAGGAGGAGGAUGAUCUGUAAGCAGGGUG